CCGGAUUUAGAUUCAGCCUCAAGCUGUGAAAAUAUUCUUGCUCACAUAUCUUUACGUUUAGCUGUUUGGAUAAUGGGUAUUGCAGCUUUUAUAGGAAACAUACUUGUUAUUGCAGUACACCGUACCAACGGCAAUCAAAGGAUGAGUAAAGCUACAGAACUCGUCUUCAGCAAUUUAGCCCUAUCAGAUUUUUUAAUGUCAUUAUAUUUGUUUAUUAUUGGUGCUGCCGACGUAAUUUAUCGAGAUCGUUACGCUCAACAUGCUGAAGAAUGGCUCAGUAGUCCAGCAUGUUUUAUUGCAUCAUUCUUAAUAUCUACGUCCAGUUUGAUGUCGGUCAUUAUGAUGUUAUUUAUCAGCAUCGAUCGAUAUGCAAUUACUGCUAAUCCAUUUGCAUCAUCAGAUGAAAGAUAUAAACGAACCAAAAUAGCAUUAAUAGUCGGAUGGUUAUUGACAUGCACCUUUGUUGGUAUACCAAUUAUAAUGAGUAUUAAUCAAAUUGGAGAUAGGCGAUUACAUGAAUUCAGUUCUAUUUGCUCUCCGAGUAAUCUAAGCGAAACAUUCUUUUCGGCCUGGACAUUUACUUUUGUUAUAAUACAGCUUUUUAGUUGGACUACCACACUUAUAGUUUACGCGAUGUUACUAGUUUCAGUACGUAAAACGCAACGAUCAGUUCGUAGCAGUGCUCAAUCUCGCAAUUUUGCUAUUGCAAUUCGUUUAUCAUUAAUUUUAAUUACAGAUUUAAUUGCAUGGUUACCAGUAUAUGUUAUUUCUGCGAUGGCUAUAAUUCAAGGGAGAUUAAAUAUAUUUACAUUACAAUUUGCAGUCAUUUUAGCUAUACCACUAAAUUCAGCGAUUAAUCCAUACAUUUAUACAGCUACUGGGACAGCUUGCUUCAAUCGAUUA